AUGCUAAAUACAUCUUAAACUAAAAGUACUACUGAGACUACGAAUUCUAUAGUUAUUGAUGAAAAAUAUAACAUAAUCAAAAAUAUUUAUAAGGGGAAAUAAUACAAUAUUUAUUUAGGUAAUUUAAGUUCAAUUUAAAAGAUAGCUAGCUAUCAAAAAGGAAUAGUAAAAUGAUUUCAAUUAAACUGAUUAUAAAGAUAAGUUUUAUCUAAUAAAGAUGAAAAAGUAUGAAUACUUUUAUGAUUUAAAGAUAAGCUUAACAAAAUGAGAUAAUUCCAGAACUGUAAUUUUUAUUAAGACUGAAAGAUGGUAUAAAUAUCUAUAAUAAUAAUAGCCAACUGUGUUCCUAUUUUAAUUAAUUACGGGGAAUAGAUUAUAAAUGGUUAAAAAUAUCAUUUUCAAAUUCUGUAAAGACAUGGUCCAUCAAUUAAGUUAAUAUACAAUUAUCUGUCAAAAAGUCUUCCUCUUCCAAUACUAUGUCUUAUAGCUAUAUAAACUGUAUUAUGUGUCCUAGAUUAUAGUUAACCUGUUUAGAAACUAUUCAUAAGCAUUAAAUAGUUCAUCGUAACAUUAGACCUAAAAAAUUGUUGCUUUCAACUAGUGGUAAUGAAAUAUUGUUAAGUGAUUUCAAAUUUGCAACUAAAUUUAAGUUAUAACAUGGAUCAAUCUGUUGUAUGGAUAAUCAUAAAUCAAUAUCAAAUAAACACUUCCUCAAUAAAUACUCAAGUAUAAAUCAACAUUUGAAUUAAUGUAAAGAUAUCCAAUAAUUAAUUAGUCGCAACACCAAAAGAUGACCUUGAAUCACUUGCUUAUAUCUUACUUGUUUAUGUAACAAAUUCAAAGAUCUUUAAAAUUCAUGCAGAUAAUAAAGGACUCAAACUCAAGAAAUUGGAACAAAUAAAAUUAUCUAUCGUUCCUGAAAUUACAUUCAAAUCUGCUCCUAUUGAAUUUAUACAUUUUUUAAAUUUAGUUAAAACUAGCAAUGCAAAUGAUUUUCCUUAGGAAUAUGAAAAAUUCAAAUAAUUAUUUCGUAGGUUGAUACAAGCAAGUGGAUACAACGAAAAAGAUUUAUCUUAUCCUUUAUUUCAUGUUUAAUAUAGAGAAUCUCACCCACAACAAUAAUAAGAAUAUCAUAAUUAAGUUAGUAGAUUUAAGAAAACUUAAAAUCACAAAUUAAGUUCUGAAUCUAUUUAAGAAGAAGCAGCUGAUGAAGAAGUUUCAAUUUGCUAAAUUGAUAUAAUAGGAGAGGAUCGAACCAUUGAACCUGCUAUAAAAUCCUUAAAACCUUAAUCAUACAAAAAUUUAUCUACUCUUAAUUCACCAAAAUUUGAAUCUUAAAUUAUUAAACUCAAACUCACUAAAAAAUGA